ACGGAUCAGGAAAGUGAAAUCUCUCCAGGACGGUCAUGAAUGCUCUUCUGGCUGUUAUUUUUUCCCUUUUGGUUGCUCUGGAGCCUGUGAACUGCCAGACAGUUCGAGGGAAUCUUCAGCCAUGGAUGCAGGGUGUCAUCGCACUGACCGUGUUCUUGGCAUUGACAGGGAUUGCCUUUAUCGUCCAUAAAUUCUGGUGCCAGGAUGAUGAAAAAGAACCUGAGACCUUCAAAGGGGGCAACAAAGGAGACAUGGCCAUUCCCAAUGGUACAGAAGGAAAUUAUGCUACAACUGCUGCUCAUUUCAGAUGUGAAGAAGGCCUCCAUGUCUAUGAAAACCCCAUUGAGAAUGACGGUGGAAACACAAUUGAAGUCCUUUCUACUGAAAUGUAGCAUCAUCCCUGGGCAUCACUCCUUGAUGUUUGAAAAAAUAUC